GAGAAGCUGUUAUCCAGCCACGGUGCUGUUCGCGUGAAAAGUGCGGAGAACCGAUGGAGAGAGCGGGAACGAUACACACCGGCUACGUUUCGUAUUAAUUAGCGGUAAUAUCGCCGGUUGGAGAACGUUUCAGCUUAAAACGUCGCGUAAUGGCUCCUCUUAAUCCGAUGACCGCAGUAUCCAUUACCAAGUAAACUAUUUUAGCGAAUGUAUGUACAUGUUACGUUUCGGUUUACGGGUUCGGAUGCUAUUUGUCGCGCAGUUGGAGUUAAUUACUAAUUUGAUACGCGCGGAAUUUGAUCGACACCGUCAUUAAUUGGGCUUUCUCAACAUGGACGGCUACGUUGGGAAUCCAGUUCAACCAGUUAUUAGAAAUCACGCGGACAAAUGUGCAACGGACGAACAGGCGAGGAAGAAGGACGAGCCAGGUUGUCUGGCGCGCCAUGGACGGUGGUGGAAUGCGCGAAAGGGGGAACGAAGGAGGAUGAAGGGUAGUACAGCUAAUACAUUAUUGCAUUACGCACAACUAGGGUUUGGACACUUCGAUUUUGUUCAAAUUUUGUGCAAUAAUGGAGCACGUAUGAGGAAACAAUCCUACAAAGCCUUAAAGAAAGGAGGGACUUGUUCGGACAUUCAACGAUAACCUCCAAUGGCGUGUAAGUCUGCUGUAGAACCUAAUUAAUUUUAAAUUAAUUACAACACUGUAUUAUUCCAAAAAUGGAAGAUCAACGAUGACCUCUAAUGGUGUCCAUAAAGGUAUAAGUCUGCUGUAGAACAUAAUUAAUUUUAAAUUAAUUACAACACUGUAUUAUUCCAAAAAUGGAAGAUCAACGAUGACCUCCAAUGGCGUCCACAAAGGUCUGCUGUAGAACCUAAUUAAUUUUAAAUUAAUUACAACACUAUAUUAUUCGAAAAAUAGAAGAUCAACGAUGACCUCCAAUGGCGUCC